AUGCCUCUUUCUUCUAGGACUGCUGAAAGAGAUUUCCCGUUGAUGGUCAAGUUGAGUAUUGUCCUGUAUUCAACCAAAGCUCCGUCAAUGCUGAUGUUCCUCACUCGUGUCCGACGAGCUGCUGGAGGAGGUGGUGUAUUUGGGGCUGCGGGAGGAGGGGUCGCCGGAGCUGCAGGAGGAGGGGUCACUGGAGCUGCUGGAGGAGGGGUCACUGGAGCUGCUGGAGGAGGGGUCGCUGGAGCUGCUGGAGGAGGGGUCGCUGGAGCUGCUGGAGGGGUCGCCGGAGCUGCGGGAGGAGGGGUCGCCGGAGCUGCGGGAGGAGGGGUCGCCGGAGCUGCUGGAGCUGCUGGAGGAGGGGUUGCUGGAGCUGCUGGAGGAGGGGUUGCUGGAGCUGCUGGAGGAGGGGUUGCUGGAGCUGCUGGAGCUGCAGGAGGUGGCGGGGAAGCAGGAUUGGAUGCAGUUGAGGAAGUGGAUGGAGCAGAAGACAGUCUAGGAGCUGGGGGAGGAAUGCCAGGGAGGUUGAGUCGAGGUCGACGUGAAAGAGAGGUAGUAGGUCUAGAAGGGCGAGAUGUUGAGGAUGCAUGA